CCGGGCUCCCCGGCCAUGUCUCCCGCCCGGCUCCGGCCCCGACUGCGCCUCUGCCCGCUGCUGCUGCCGCCGCUGCUGCUGCUGCUGCUGGUGCUGCUGCUGGUGCCGGCGGCGCGGGGUUGCGGGCCGGGCCGGGUGGUGGGCAGCCGGCGGCGGCCGCCGCGCAAGCUCGUGCCCCUCGCCUAUAAGCAGUUCAGCCCCAACGUGCCCGAGAAGACCCUGGGCGCCAGCGGGCGCUAUGAAGGCAAGAUCGCGCGCAGCUCGGAGCGCUUCAAGGAGCUCACCCCCAACUACAACCCCGACAUCAUCUUCAAGGACGAGGAGAACACCGGCGCCGACCGCCUCAUGACCCAGCGCUGCAAGGACCGCCUGAACUCGCUGGCCAUCUCGGUGAUGAACCAGUGGCCCGGCGUGAAGCUGCGGGUGACGGAGGGCUGGGACGAGGACGGACACCACUCGGAGGAGUCGCUGCACUACGAGGGCCGCGCGGUGGACAUCACCACGUCGGACCGCGACCGCAAUAAGUACGGACUGCUGGCGCGCCUGGCGGUGGAGGCCGGCUUCGACUGGGUCUAUUACGAGUCCAAAGCCCACGUGCAUUGCUCCGUCAAGUCCGAGCAUUCCGCCGCGGCCAAGACGGGCGGCUGCUUCCCCGCGGGCGCACAGGUGCGGCUGGAGAGCGGGCAGCGCGUGGCCCUGUCGGCGGUGAGACCUGGAGACCGCGUGCUGGCCAUGGGGGAGGAUGGGAACCCCACCUUCAGCGACGUGCUCAUCUUCCUGGACCGGGAGCCAGCCCAGCCCAGGGCCUUCCAGGUCAUCGAGACCCAGGACCCUCCGCGCCGCCUGGCACUCACACCCGCCCACCUGCUCUUCACUGCCAACAACCACACGGAGCCCGCGGCUCACUUCCAGGCCACCUUUGCCAGCCAGGUGCAGCCCGGCCAGUACGUGCUGGUGGCCGGGGUGCCGGGCCUCCAGCCGGCGCGAGUGGCCGCUGUCUCCACCCACGUGGCCCUGGGGGCCUACGCCCCGCUCACCAGGCAUGGGACGCUGGUGGUGGAGGACGUGGUGGCCUCCUGCUUUGCGGCAGUGGCCGACCACCGCCUGGCCCAGCUGGCCUUCUGGCCUCUGCGACUGUUGCCCAACUUGGUGUGGGGCAGCUGGACCCCGGGGGAAGGCGUCCACUGGUACCCCCACCUGCUCUACCGCCUGGGACGGCUGUUGUUGGAAGACAGCAGCUUUCACGCCCUAGGCAUGGCCGGGCCGGGGAGCUGA